AUGAACACCCGUGACAAGAAAGGAUCACCGAGGCUUGCCCCGUUCACGCCUGAGAACAUUACUGAUGUGAUGUCUACUCAUUCACGCAUUCCGUCUCGAUCCAUCCGACCGUCAUCGCUUCUCACCACCCAACAUCGCUGCGGGAACGGACAUCGGUCCCGCGCCAGAUACGAUUUCACCGUGGCAGACCGAACCCCCAACCAAGUUCCCAUAUAUCCCCCAGACUCCGACCACCGCGCAAACAACCCGCAACCCCCGGCUCCCUCUUCCGACACUGUCGAACCCGCCCCAGUUUCCGCUCCACCGUUCCCAGCUGCUCCCCCGCAGCCACCGUCCGUGACGCCAUCGGUUCCCACCAGUCUUCCACCGUUGUACGUCCCUCAAGGUCCACACGACCGCCCGCACCCCUACACUCCAUCCCAAGUUCUCGGACGCCGCCAAACCAGUGAUUUGGACGAAAGCGGACAAGACGAAUACCGCCUCGCCUCGAACGACAUCUCAGUCAGCGCGACCUCUUCGGCCGCUACUACUACCACUUAUACCUCCCCGCGGCCACUCAAGCGGAGACGCGGGAUCAUGUCGGCCGACAUCGAUGGCCAGAACUCGUCGAAUGGGUUUGGGCAGUCACUAUCUAAUGGAUCUCGGCCAGAGGCGGGCUUCACAAUGGCGGUAUCUAAUGGAAAUGGGACGCUCAAGGCAGCAUCUGGGCCAUCAAAUGGGUCAGCUUGGGAGGCGAAUCGCCCAAGGUUACAAUCAGGGAGAUACCACGGCCACAACCGGGAACAGUUUACACGCCUCGUGAUACAGGCUAUGACGGAGAUGGGAUACAACGACGCAGCAGACAAACUCAGUCAGGACAGCGGCUACCGACUCGAAAACCCUACGGUGGCUGCCUUUCGAGCUGCUGUCUUGGACGGUGAUUGGGGAAAGGCGGAGGAGCUUCUUAAUAAUGCGCACGUUGCUGGAAUAGCAGAUCCUGGUUUGAGGGAUGGCCUGAUACUUGCCCCAGGAGCGGAUCGCAACAUGAUGAAGCUUUGGCUGAGACAGCAGAAGUACUUGGAGCUAUUAGAAAGGCGCGAAACACCACGGGCUUUGGUGGUGCUGCGGACGGAGCUCACACCGUUGUGCGGGGAUCAGCACCAGAAGCUGGAGUUCCUGUCAAGCCUUCUCAUGUGUGCGAGUGCCGAGGACCUGAAGGAGAAGGCCGUAUGGGACGGUGCUCGCGGAGAAAGUCGGCACGCCUUGCUCUCUGAGCUAUCUAAAUUCGUUUCGCCUUCGGUUAUGCUCCCUGAGCACAGGUUGGCGGCACUUCUUAAUCAGGCACAAGAAAUCCAAAUUAGCAACUGCCUAUAUCACUCGACCCUCCAAACACCCUCUCUUUACAAGGACCACGUGUGCGACAGGAAGGCUUUUCCCGCGAUUGCCAAGUAUAAGCUGGAUGAACACAACGGCAAUGAAGUGUGGCAAGUAAGGUUUUCACAUGACGGAACACGCUUAGCAAGUUGCGGCAUGGAGCGUCUUGUCGUCAUCUAUAGCGUGCCUGACUUUAAAGUGAUACACAAGUUAGACACAGGCGACGAGCAACACGAUAACCGGGGUGUAGGUAAUAUCGCAUGGAGCCCGGACGACAAGAUGCUCGUCACUUGCGCAAUGAACGCAAAAGUGUGGGAUACCGAGACUGGAGCGCUAAUCAGGACCAUCGACCAAUUCAACGAGCCAGUCAGUAGUUGCGCUUGGGCCAGCAACUACGUUCUUAUCACCGGGUCCUUCGACAAGGAAAGGUCAAUCUGUUCCUGGAAUCUCGGCAUAGCCGAUGUGUUCAAGACUGUGUGGACGAAGGACCAUCGAACGGAAGACCUGGCGCUGUCCCCCGAUAGAAACUGGGUUGUUGCCCUGGACGAGCAAAAGCGGUUUCAUGUCUACAACUACCACACGCGCGAGCAGGUUUAUUCACACGAGUUGAAGGAUAGAGGAACAUCACUCUGUAUAAGCCAGGACUCGACGUCUCUGUUGGUCAAUACGCAAGUAGGAACAGCGACUUUGUAUGAUAUUCCCACCAAGGAUGUCAUUCGCCAGUACAAUCAGCACAAGGGUGGGGACUUUCUUAUCAGGGCUUACCUUGGUGGCGCGAAUGAGGGUUUCGUCCUGUCUGGGAGCGAGGACGGGUCAAUAUAUAUCUACCACAAGAACACGGGCAUCUUGGUGGCGAGGCUUAAGGGAGCUCAUGCACCGCGUUGCAACUCUGCCGCGUGGAAUCCAUCAGACCCGCGCAUGAUUGCUAGCUGCGGAGAUGAUGGGUUGGUAAAGAUUUGGUACCCAGAAUGGCCCGACUGGGAUGAGGAUAUGGAACACAGCGCAAAUAACAACAACGGAACCGUCCACGACACAGCGAGGCCGCGAUAGAAUAUAGGGCGUCUGUCUUUGCCGCUUACAGAACGUGUACUUUUCGUGGUUGAAAAUCAGUUGAGGAACGACAUCCAGCCAUGGAAGGUCACGGAAGAUUAAGUGUUGAGGAUUGUCAUGGAAGGAAGGAUAAGGACGGUACACCACCCAGCGUUGUAU